AUGGAGUGCGUGGUGCAGGGAAUCAUCGAGACCCAGCAUGUUGAAGCUCUUGAGGUUCUUCUCCAGGGUCUCUCCGGUGUCCCAAAAGAGCGUGUUAGGGUGCAUGAGCUAUGCCUUAAAAGUGGACCCAAUCUAGGUGUUGUCCCAUCGGAGGUUCGUUUGUUGUGUGACUUAGCUCAGCCCACACCAUCCUGGACCAUAAGACAUGUUGGUGGUGCCAUGAGAGGUGCUGGUGCGGAGCAAAUCUCAGUUCUGGUUCGUACAAUUGUGGAGAGCAAAGCUAGCAAGAACGUCUUGCACUACUUCUACACUCUAGGGUACAAGCUAGACCAUGAACUCUUGAAGAUUGGUUUUGCAUUUCGUUUCCACCGAGGUGCCCAAAUCACUGUCACUGUUACAUCUACUAACAAGAUGCCAAGGCUCCAUGCAACCGAUGAGGCUGUGCCAGUCACUCCUGGCAUACAGUUAGUGGAAAUCACAGCUCCUGCUGCUGCUGAUAAUUACAAUGAUGUUGUUUCAGCUGUCUCUGCGUUCUGUGAAUAUCUUGCCCCGCUGCUGCAUCUGUCAAAACCAGAACACUCGACUGGAAUUGUAGCAACUGCAGGCGCUGCUGCUGCCUCACUCAUGUCAAGUGGCGGUGGCAAAACCUUGUAA